GCAGAGGGAGACAGGCGGGAUUCAUCACUCAUCCGCAUUGGGAAAGUUUGGGGGUCGAUGGGCUUGGAUUGACCCCCCACUGAACUAAAGCAGAGGGUGGAGAGAGAAAAGCGCAACCGGAGGGAGUGUGUGAAAGAGAGAAAGAGGACCUUCUGACAGGAGUGUUUAGUUAUGAAAACAAAAGUAUUGUAACAGAUGGCACCCUGGAAACCUCAUAACAGCGGAUUGGAACGAGCCGGCGUAGCUUAUCGGCGAAUAACCUCACACACACACACACACUUGGAUAUAUAAGAUCUCACCAGGAGGGUCCAACACCCAGUAGAUUUCAGCUUUGGAGUCUAAAUCUUUCAACAAACAUCCUUACCAGCCCUUAAAGGCACGUAUUUGUGUUGAAGACCAACCGGGGAGGUUCCUGAAACAUUCAAGCACCAGGUGGAUGCACUUCUUGUUGCAAGCUUAAAAAUGGAAGCAGAGCCUUUGGGAAUGUUUCUGGACAAUGCAUCAGUUCUGGAUGUGGAUAGAGGAAUAAUCAACAACGUUUACAUCCAGCAACACUUUGAUGCUUUCAGUGUCACCAUUGCCGUGCUGUAUUUAGCAGUAUGCAUUGUGGGACUGUCUGGAAACUCGCUGGUCAUCAUUGCGAUUUUGAAACUGGAUAAAAUGUCUUCGGCGACCACGGUGUAUAUAUUCAAUCUGGCGUUGGCUGAUGGACUCUUCAUGGUCGGACUGCCGUUCAUCGCUAUACAGAACUUCCAAGACCAAUGGGUUUUCGGAGGUGCGGUUUGCAAGCUGGUUAUGAUUCUGGAUGGCAUCAAUCAAUUCACAAGUGUUUUCUGCUUGACAGUGAUGAGCGUUGACCGAUAUAUGGCGCUGGUGGAUCCGUUACGCUUUGCACGUUGGCGAACGCCAAAAAGAGCCAAGAUUAUCGCCACAUUGAUGUGGUUCAUCUCUUUAUUUCCCGUUCUUCCAAUGGCGAUUCACUUUUCUGCAGAUUACGGAUUGUGCACUGUUGACCCUCAUGUUGCGUCUGACUCUUGGUGGUUGGCUUUUCUCAGCUACACAUUCGUGUUAGGCUUCGCUCUACCGUUCACAAUAAUGAUCGUGUUUUACACGGCGCUCGUCGUGACUUUAAGAAACGCCAGGCAAACUUCAGCAUCUCUGGAGAAUCACCACUUGGAGAAACAAGUCACCAAAAUGGUAGUGGCGGUGGUUUUGGUGUUUGGCGUCUGCUGGUUGCCGUUUUACGUCUUCAACUUCUGCUCGCUGCACCAAAUGGACCUGGUUCUGGAUUUCACCCGUGGAUUUGAGUUUGUGGUGUUGCUGUCGUACUCUUGGAGCUGCGCCAAUCCUAUAUUAUACGCAUGUUUGUCGGAAACGUUUCGGAGGCAUUUCCGUGCCCUCCUGUGUCCUCAUAAAAGCUCCCCGACGCCCUGCGAAAGAGACACUGAAGGCUACGUUCUGCACGACACCAACACACCAGGAGUUAGCGUGCUAGCGUAAUGCAUUUGUUUUAAUUUCGUGAAUCGGAAGCACCAGUCUUAUGCUGCGUUCUUCACAAUUCCUUCAUGCUCUCCCAACACAUUUAUUACGUUAAAGUAAUUGUUUUAACAAACUGAAGUAUAAAACAGUUAAGCCGUUCAAAAAAAUCUGCAAGAAUAGGGUUGACUCAGCGCAUUAAAUAAGUAGAGCAACAGAAAUCUUUUUUUUUUUUUUUUUUUUGUGCGUGUAUAUAUUUUGGAAAAUUCUAAUAUGUGAAAAUACAAGUAGAUUAUAGUAAUAGCGAUGAAUCAUUCUAUAGUAAAGUGUAUUGUAUUUACACAAAAGACAUUUGUUGUUUGUUCAAGCUACUUACUUAAAAUGAGCUUAAACAAUUAUGUAGGGGUUUUAACUUAAUUGUUUCAUGUUCAUUACACUUAAAUUUGUAAAUAUUAAUCAAUUAACUAAAUUCCUUUGUUGUCUCAACACAAAUCAAUUGUGUGGAACACUUAUUUUUCUACUACUGCAUACUGUACACUGUAAAAAGCGAUUAGUAACCUUACUUUAAAAGAAACAAAUUGUCCACUUAUUUAUGAGUAAAUCCAUUGUACACUCAAAAAAUGACUUUUGUUGCUCAUUUAAACCAAUUUGAAAUUAGUUUUAAAACAAUUUAGUUCAAUUUAAUUAAGUUUUUUGUUUGGGACAACUUAAUUGUUUCAUGUUCAAUCCACUUAAAUUUUGUAAAAAGCGAUUAAGUUAACUGAAUCAAUACAUGUUGGGACAAUGUGAAGGAAUUGUGUGGAACCCAGCAUUUUUUACAGUGCAACUUGGAACAGUUUAGUUGACUGAGCUUAAUUUCCAUAAUUAUGCAAAUAAUUCAUUCACAAUUUUAUUACAAUGACUUCAUUCAUUUUCAUUAAAAGUCAACUAACCACUUUAAAAGCACUGGGAUCACUCACUUUAAAGUAGAGCAAAAUAGUCACAAUUUUACAGUGUACUAUAGUUUUUACUACAGUAAACUGCUGUAUUGUAGUUUUCUACACUUAUGGUGUAUUUUACAACAGCUACUAUAGUUCUUAGUGUAGUUUAUAUUAUAGUUCUGUUUAUAUUACUAUAGUGGUUGUUUUACCAUAGCGACUGUAGAAUCACCACAACAAAUUAAAAACUAUAGUUGUUGUUACCGUAGCAACUAUAGAAUCACCACAACAGAUUAAUUACUAUAG